AUGGACACUGGUGGUCUCGCUCAAAUGUCGCACAACAGCUUCACUUCGCAAAACGGCUUGGCCAUGCCUUCCAGCGGCCUGUCAUCGCGCCGUGGUGGCCAGGGCAUCAAGCCGCUUUCCUUUGACGCCACCAAGCCUAACGACACGCAGGACAAUGGCGUUCCUACCCCACGGACGAGCCGAUCUCAUUUACUGGCGGGUCUUAGAACGGCCCCGAAAUCAGCAGUAACUACUGGUGCCUUCCCUGCUUCGCCCACGACUAUUUCGACCUCCCACCAGGCUAUGGGCCGCAGUAACGUUGCAUCAAAUACCUACCAUGGUCAGGGACAGGAGAACACCUACAGCGGGCCGAAGACCUCCAUGCCCCGCAUGCAGAGCCAGCAGCAGCCUUACACCCCCAUGAUGGGUCAGCAAUUCACCCCCGAGAUCCUGGCUCCGCCCGAGAUUCACUUGGACGAGCAGGUGCAGGAGCAGAUGGACCCUUCGAUGUACGCGCAACUGGUUGCUGCCAACUACUACUUGGCUCAACGACAGCAGCAAUUGCAGCAGCAGCUGCUGAACGUUCAAGCGGCCGCCCAGCAGUUUCAGGGCAUGAACCUAAACGGGCAUGCCACCAUUCAGCAGCAGAUGGCUCUCCAGAACCUCUACCACCAGCAGCAACAGCUCAAGAACCUGCAGCAGUCCAUGGCUCAGUCCAUGCAGCCAGCCCAGCAGAACGUUUACACCUAUUUUGAUCCAGCCACUGGUCAGCAGGCGUACUUCGUUGACCAGAACCAGGCUCAGUACAACCAGCAGGUUAACAACGUGUACAUGGAGCAGCCCGGCACCCCGCAGAACUUGAGUUUCCAGCAGCAAAACAACAUCACUCCACGUGUCCAGGUUUCGCCACCUCCCGCAGAAAAUGAGAGACCGGUCUUGUUCCGCGCCAACUCUCCUCCCAAGAAGAUGGAGUUGACUGCUGAGCCGACGCCACUCCCGCCCCCUUCGGCUAAUGCGUUCCGCCGAGGUCAUAAGAAGUCGCCAUCUCUGGCGAACAACAAAGCUCUUCUCCAGUUGGCGGCCGAGGAUGCUCCCAGAUCUGCUGGGCCCAAGUCGACCUCUUUCCCGCUUUCGCCCAUGCCCAACGGCUAUGGACCUGGUCAAGCUCGCGCUGGCGAGCACCCCGUUCGACAGCCCCGUGGACCACCUGCCAUUGAAGAACUGCGAGCCAAACCCACAGCCAAGCACGAGGGUAGCAAGAACUUUGCUGCCCGCACCCGACGAUCUGCUGUCCACAACCUGGUCAGGGCUGGUUUGGAACGACGUAAGGGCACUGGCAGCAGCAUCGGCAGCAUGAGCCCCGUAUCUGAAACUGCGGAUGAGGCGUGUACCCCGCUCAGUGACAACGAGUCCGAUUCUGGGCGCAGUGGCUCUGGCAGUCUCUCCGGCGACGCUGAGCCGAGCCUUGCUAGCUCCCGGACCUCGACUAGUUUUAGCUGGGGAGCUAUUGGCUCGGACCGCCCCAGCUCGCGACAGAAGGGCUCUCGCAAGAGCGUCGACAGCCUGUCUAGCGCUUGCGACAGCGACCCCGGUAGCUUUGCCAGCGUCUUCAAGCACGGAUCCCAGCGAUCAACGAGCCCCAAGACAACGGACAGCCAGCGCAAGGCUCCCAGGCUCGUGCUCACCAGCGUCGAGAAGCGCAAG